AUGGAUUUGAAUUCGAUAUUAGAAUCGAUGGGAAAUAAUGAUUCUGACGAUAAUAAAUUUUAUGAAAAUUUAUAUGAAGAACUCGGGUGUGUUCCAUCAAGUACAACGGAACAAAUUUCUACGGAAUAUAAAAAGCGCGUAUUAAAUUGUCAUCCGGAUAAAGUUACUAAUGAACAAGAUAAAAAAGAAGCUGAAAAACAAUUUCAAAAGUUAUCUGUAGCAUAUAAAGUUCUUGUUGAUGAAAAAGAACGUAAUUAUUAUGAUAAAUGGAGAAAUGGAUCUAUCAAGAUUAAUUAUAUAAUGUGGAGAGAAUUAGUUGUUAAAAAGGGACAUGCUGUUCAUUGGCAACCACAACCUAAAGAAGCACUUUCAAUCACAAAUGAUAAUUCAACAAACAUAAAUUCCGAUACACUUGCGGCAGAAAAUGUACCGAUUAAUAAAAAAUCCGCAUGGAAUUUUACUCCAAGUGGAAGUCGAGAUGAUUUAUAUGAAAAAUUUAGAAAUUACGAAAUAUAA